ACGGUUAGCAUCGUAUCGCGCCGGUUGGAUGUGAAGAAAAGAAAAAUCGCGGAUUUUUACGGAACUUACUUACGUUGCCUAGUCGAUCCAGUGUCGGUUUCCAUCUCGUCUUAGUAUUGCCUCAAACAUUAACCCCGAUUUAUUAGAUCUUAUGAGCAUCUAUGGUUGGAAAAGUGCAAUAACUUGGACUCGAAUGUUCAGACAGGAAGAUGUGUUGAGCCAUGAUCGUUUUUAAAAGUAGUGAACAGGAAAAAGGAGAAAAGAAGAAAAAAAUGAAAUUAAGCCUUACAAGAUCAAAUAACAACCGCAUGGGAAAGAAGAGUGCGUGAAGUGAAAAAUCGUAAUUAAGAAAGCUGAAAAUUAUUAAAGAAUGAUUGUUUUAUAUCAUUCACACAGUGCAUUCACGAACCCCAGACAAGUUGAUCGACAUAUGGGGAUUCGGCUGAUAGGCCUGAAGAAAAGAAUCAAAUAACUAGAAAAAGUAAAAAUAAAGCGUGCACUGUUUGACCGAUCGAGAAAGAGAAAGGAAGGAAUCGGCUCUACAAAGAGGUGUUAUUCGAGAAGCAUGAAAAUACAAAAAUAUAUCAUCUGAUUAAAUAAAUGCUCUUGAGUAAAGUGGAAUAAGUUUCAAUGUGUAACAAAACAUUCUCGGAACAAGCAUCCUAUCAUGAGCUCAUCAAUAGGUGUUACGAAAAUUCUCACAUUUUAUUUCAUACUUCUGUAUUUAUUUUUGAAAGUGAAAAUGUGUGUCGGUUCAGUUCGUGCUAGUAGUGGCAUUAGUAACAGUGACAUUAAUUACUACGACAGUGAUGAGUCACUUCAGACAGUCCCAGUCGUAGCGUCGGCUCAGUCGAAACCUACCGGUUUUGUGAAUUAUAGUGCGAAAAAGAAUCGUCACCAACACGCGGCAGCUGCCACUAAAGCACACCACGUGCGCCACGAACAUCACUAUAUGAAAAAUCGACACAUCACUCAGGCGGAGCAAGCACUUCGCGCAUAUAGAAGCAAUUUUGAAACUAUGGACUCUAGAAUAGACAAACAUCGACACAGUAUUCAUCAUCAGUCUCAAAACCGCCAGGGCAGAAGAUCACAUCAUGUCAGCAGAAAAUCUUUUAAACAAAACUAUGACAAGAGUUGGCACAACUUUAACCCAUCCGGUAGUUCAUCACUCCCGGUGUCCCUGCCAGCCACAUCUAAGACAGCAAGUCACGAACGAAAUGUGAGUUUAUCUACCAUCAAUAUCAAUCAUCUUCCAUCGGACAGCGAUUAUCGGACUACUGAGCAACACCUAUCUUUCUCAUCUACCACAAUGUCUUCACCAGUGAGAAAUAACGCGAGUAUUAGAAAUAACAACAGUGUAAAAAUUCACAAAAAAGAUAGUUCCAAACUGUUUAGCAAAAACUACUUUCAAGACUUGCUCAACAGAUAUAAGACUUACUCGCCGUACUAUAAGGAUCACUUUCAAGCAGACCCAAGUAAAAUGACUAAAUCGCUUUCAAGUAUGAAUGGAAAAUGUAACGGCGGAAAAUGCAGAGAUGGAGAUACGAAAGAGGAACUCGAUGAGUAUGAUUAUGAGUACGAGGAGGAAGACGAUGAUGAUGAGGAGGAUGAUGGUGACGAUGAAGAUGAAUACGAUAACACUGAAACACAAGGUGAUGCUGGAUACAUCACGACAACCAGUUCAUCUGUUUACGCAGCUGUAUCUUCAAAAGUCAACAGACAAAGUACUCACAACAAACAAAGCCACGGAAGAAACAAACACGAUAACAGCAUUCGUCGCGAUAUGCUGGUGGCAAUUCCUGACAAGGAUGACCUUCCGCCACAUCUUCAUACUCAUCUUAGGAAUGACCUAAUUCACCCAGUAACAGAAGGAAGGAAGAUCGAAUAUCAUCGAACAGAUCCUUCUCGGCUAGCAUCGCAUCACGCCACCAAGAUAAGGCGGGAAGGCUCUUGCUCUUUACCGAAACCAAAGAUUAUUUUAGCUUCAAACGAUCCCACAAAACAGUACACACCUCAUUGUACAAUACUUCAUCGUUGCGGCGAUGAUGUGGGAUGCUGUUUACCAACCCAAACCUGUGCCGCCUCUAAAAAUUCAACUGUGGAGCUAUAUUUUUUUGUUCACGCGGUUGGAUCAAGGUCAUCAAUCGAAAGACUGAGUUUUGUAAACCACACAGAGUGUUCGUGUAUCAAUCGCCAUGAAACGAUUAAUUUAACUUCAAUUCCGACUACAUCUACAGCAUCCCCAGCAAUAACGGCAUCGGUUUGCACAUGUCCGUCGUUAUUUCACCGUGUAAUUGAUAAUGACAAUCGUUGUUACUGCGAUUGUUCAUCCAGUGAUACACAGUGUGAUCAGUUCAAACGAGGACAGGAACAUUUUUCCAUGGAAAAUAGAAGAUGCAUCAAAGACGGACGCUGUGAAGAACCCGUGUGUGAAUAUGGACACUACAAUAAAGCUAAGGGAAAGUGUCCUACUCGAGAAGACAAAUUGAGCUAUUCAUACAAAGGAUAGGCAAAUGUUAUCCAAAGUGUGUAGCAGUUACCAUUGCUGUAAAAUUUGCUUCCGAAGAGCAUGGGAUUACCGGAUUUGCCAGAACAGAAUGAUGAAGAUGAUACUUUUUGUAUCAGAGAAGACAACAUAAUCAAUGUUGAAAUAACAAGUGAUGAGAGUGAAUAUGAAUCCGGUGAAGAAAAUGGACAUAUAGG